AUUCCAGCAAACCUUGGGUUUGUUUGGCCCAUUCAAAGAUUAACCGAAGCGGUGAUUUCACAUGCGGUUCCCACAGCAACUUAGCGAGGUUCUGAUCAGAUGAAACGGUGAUAAGGUAUGCGUUUUGCCGUGUCACUGAACGCUGCGCCUAGCGCGUUUGUAAUUCACCUUCCAGAUCGUGUUUGUUGAUUUUCCUGAAUUCUGAACGGAGGAAAAUAGUGGUUAUUUUAGCGGAGAAGGAUAUGCUGACGGUGAGGAAACUUACAAGAAACUGGCGAAAGUCUCGGGAGGAAGACGAUUUUUCUCUCCCAACUCUCGACGAUUCUCGUCCCAUGGAUACUCAAGAGCAAGAGGAGCUUGUUCGAUCAUUUGAAAGGAGUCAGGCUCAGCAGAGCCUGGUUUGGAGGAGUGUGUUCGCAGCAUUUGUCUUUUGCUUCGCUAUGUUUUUUGUUUACUCUAUCUUUCAGCAGACUUUGUCUCCCUGGGAAAUGCGGUAUCAUGCUUAUUUCAUGGAAGAUAUUGACUCACGGAUGAUCAUAACUGCAGAUUGGAUAGCUGUUUUAGCAUGCUUCUUGGCCAUUAAAGGGCUUGUUCAUAACUCAAAGGAUCAAAGACAAUGGAUUUGGUAUUCAUUUUUUGUUGGCCUUGUACUUGCAGUUUUCUGGUCAUAUUACAUGCUGAGGUUGCCAAAAUUUAGGUGGGAUGUUAUCUGGCUUCCUUUUGGGCCUCUUAGUGGAGCUGGAAUUUGUCUGUAUGUUGACCACUUACUAAAUGAGUCAUCAGAAGAAGUAAGAAAACUACAAGGCUAUAUGUAUGCUUAUAAGGGAACCUAAAAGUUGUCUUCUCUCUCUUAUCUUCAUCUUCUACCUUGACUGGAGAUAGACAACAGACAGGUAUGGUUUCAAACUUUAUAUAAUAACAUAAUAGUGCAACAGGGACAGAAAUUGAAAGGAGGAAGAGUAUCUGAUGCCAUCAUGCUGUGGUGAACUUUCUAUUUUCAUCUUUAGAAUGGCAAACAAAGUCGACAAGACUCCUUUACGUUGAGGGAAUUUUAUUUUAAAUUUUUUAUCCUCUUUUUGUGAGAUAUUUGACGGUAUAUAUUAUCAUAGUGGACUGCUACUUCAUUUUCGGUCUUUAUAUCAAAUUUAGUUGAACCAUGAAAA